UCUAUCUUGGUCGCUGUGGUGGAAGUUGGUGACGGAAACGGCAGUGCAUUUGAAAACACUGUGGCACACAAGAUGACAAUAGCUUUGGCCUGUCGACUGGGAUAUAGAAGAUCUUCCUCACUGUAUUGCAGGUUCCAUUCGACUUAUGUCAAAAGAACGAGAUACAUGUUUGAACUAAAAGAAGAUGAUGACGCUUGUCAGCAAGCCUAUAACUCAGGAUCUUUCUUCUUGUUUCACAACCUCUCGCCCUUUGUGCAACAAAAAGGGGAAACCUACUGGGCCCCAAAGAUAAAUGCAGCAGAACUAAAAAGGGUUCUGGAGAAGUUCAGACAGAGUGAAGAGAGGAUAGAGGAUUCCAUGCUGGUUGGCUGUUCAGAUGAGUGCACGCCAUAUUUUGCUCUGGAUCUCGGAUCAUUGGAGAGAUCUGCCAUCGAAUCUGAACUCAAUGGAUCCUUUACUGAAUUACGGAAAGCUUUCUUCCAGCUAGAAAAGGAAGAUGUAUCUUUGAUUUCCACGGCUCAGGCUCUCCUUCAUUGGCAUGACAACAACCAGUAUUGUUGCAAAACUGGACAGCCCACGACGAAGAACCUGGCUGGGAGCAAACGGGUUUGUCACAGCAGUGGAAUCAUCUAUUACCCACAGAUGUCUCCCGUGGUUAUUACUUUGGUUUCUGAUGGCAGGCGAUGCCUACUUAUCCGGCAGGCAUCAUUUCCUAAAGGGAUGUACAGCGCUCUGUCUGGCUUCUGUGAUGUGGGUGAGACUCUGGAAGAGACAGUCCGGCGGGAAGUUGCUGAAGAGGUGGGAUUGGAGGUGGAGUCUCUGUGGUAUUCUGCUUCUCAGCACUGGCCGUUCCCAAACAGCUCACUAAUGAUAGCUUGUCAUGCCCUGGUGGAUCCUCAACGGAGCGAGAUUAGCAUCAACAGUCAGGAGCUUGAAGCUGCCAGGUGGUUCAGCCAUGAGGAGGUGGUGAAGGCCCUCGGAAGAGCACCAAAGCCUUCCAAAGAAAAAGAUGAAAGCCUCUCCUUUUGGGUGCCACCUAAGCAAGCCAUAGCCCACCAACUGAUCCAGGAAUGGGUUAAGAAGCAGGACUCUCUGCCAGAUUAGAGAGGACUAUUCAGCCAUUUCCUAUUUCAGAAACCCAGUCUGUUGUGUUGCCAAGUGCAGGAAGACACGCAUGCUUGCUGCCACUGAAGAAUAUACAUUGAUUUGGCUUCUGCAACAAGUGCAGAGAUCAAAAGCUCCAUUUAAAAAAAUAAUGUUGGAAUCUUAUUUUAAAUGGAUUUUCAGAUGGAAGCUCUAUCAGUUGUAUAAAGAUCAAGUUCAGUUUAACAGUCUGCUUAUCAGGCAAAAUGUUGAAGGCACAGCAAUUGCCUUUUUGUCAAGAUGGUUCAAUAGCUGUUUCAGUCAAAUUGAAAUUGACCUGUCAUUUUCUGAGAAACUGACCGACACCCUGGACCAAUUCUCCAUUGUUCACAGUAGACCUUUGAUAAAUGAGCUGUUUAGAUGUGUUUCAACAGAGAGUGUAUGCAUUGGUGUAAGCAUAAAGCAUUUUCAUAUAUGGUAGAUAUAUUGGUCUUGGCAUAGUGAAAGGGGAUGUGCAAGAAUUUUAGGUAUCUUGAGAAUAGUUCUGAGCAGCUGGAAUAUUUUUUGUUUCACAACUCUCCUCUCUCCAGGGAUGUGUUCAGUUCCAACUAAAGGGUGGAUCUGGAAUUUAGCAGUGAA